CCAACAAUUGGGACAGUAGCGCUUGAAAUAGAUUAUCGAAAUCACUUCCUUUGCGAUAAUGGAUCACUCAAACGAAUCUUGAUAUUAUCAUUUUAUAAACUUAAGUCUGGCUGACGGCAGUUUCUUAUUUAUUCUAGCCGGAACUUGAUGUUCUGUAUUUCGUACUAACGUGUUAUUGUAUUCUCAAAAAUUUUUUUUAUAUAAAAAUUUAUUUAUAUUUUAAUUAUUUUUAUAAUACUCAGCAAUUCUAAUAAUGAUAAUGCUCGUAAAACUUAGAGGGGUAAUAAAAUAUAAUAAUGAUAACGUUAAAGUAAAGUAAUGAGGCCUCUACGUGGGUUCAGCAAUUUCUGUGAUUAAAAAUCGGACUAUAGAAUAAACAAUUUAAUCAAUAUUGAAAAAUUAUAAAAACAAAAAAAUGAUUAAGAGUGUUACCCAAGUCAUAUUAUUUUAUCAGUUUAAAGAAGACGGCUGUUAAAAUUCAAUACUUAUGAUAUUAUGUCGUUGAUUUUUUUUUAUUUUUUUGUAACGUGGUUUUAUUAAGACAAAACGUAGCUAUCAUACAAAAGCAUUUAUUGAAUAAAUCAUGGAAAGUAGAGAAAGUAGUCGAAUUCAAGAGAAGUUUAUUUUGCGAGCUUUGGAUAAACUCGGAGAAGGUUCACAACUUCUUUGGAUUGUUUUGGCCGUUUGUGUCUCAGUAUCGCUAAUAAAUGGAUUACAUACGAUGUCUUAUAUAUUCAUUGCUGAGGUACCCAAUUAUUGGUGCGCUAUUCCGGAGCUUACAAAUGCAAAUUGGACAGACGAACAAAUUAAAAAUAUUUCUAUAAUAAAUGGAUGUCAAAAGUAUGAUUAUAAUUACACGUAUCUCGCGAGCUUGGGAUAUGAAGAAGCCACAGAUUAUGUCAAAAAUAGUGAAUUUAAUACCAGUGUUGUUUCUUGUUCAUCGUUUGUAUUUGAUAAAAGUGGAAGAUCGACGAUUGUCAAUGAAUGGCAAUUGGUCUGCGAUAGAAAAGUGCAUCGAGCAAAUACAUUUCUUGCGUAUGCACUUGGAAAAUUAUUAGGUGAUUUAAUUUUGGGAAUAUACUCAGAUAAAUAUGGAAGAAAACGAGCAUUAAUUACCGGCUUAGUAUUACAAAUUGUUUUUGUAUUUUCAUCUGGAUUAGUUCCAUGGUUUUGGGCUUAUGUUGUUUCCAAAUUUUUUGUCGGAGCAAGCGUUAGUUCUAUGUAUUCAACAUCAUACACAAUUUUGUCGGAAGUUACAAAAAAUCACAAAAAAAAUUUGAUUGGCACAGUUAUGGAUACUAUGUUUCCAAUUGGCACUUUGGUUCUUAUAGGCAUUGCGUAUCUUGUUUCGGAUUGGCGAUACUUGCAAUUAUCACUGGCAUUGUUUUCUUUGUUAUUAGUAAUUAUCAUUUGGUUUGUACCAGAGUCGCCAAGAUGGUUGAUGUCACAAAAUCGUCAUGACGAAACAAAAAAAAUAAUCGAAAAAUAUUAUAAAGCAAUUAACAAACCGACUCUUAUUACAGAAAGUCCCACUCCAUCAUUAAGAUUCGAAAGUCCUGAUAUGAAAACUAACAAAAAAAAAGGAUUCAAACGAUAUUUUGGGAAAUCGAAAAUUCUUUUCUCAGAUCCUGUUUUAAGAAACAAACUUCUUAUCAUGUGUUUUGCAUUCUUUGUCACUCUAUCGGUCGGCUACUGUCUAAUUUUCACUAUAGAUCUUUUUGAAACUAAUCGUUAUAUUUACUCAUCGAUAGCAGCAUCUAUUGAACUAAUUGCACUUCUGUCAAUUCCAGUAGUUUUGUUAAAAUUAAGUUGCCAAAAAGCAAGUUGUUUAAUUUAUAUGCUUGCGUCUAUUUGUAUGUUGUCUAUCAUAGCUGUACCAAAAGAAAACAUAAAUGUAAUUAUGGGAUUGACAAUGGUGGCAAAGUUUUGCUUAAUAACAAGUUUUACUGUCAACAUGUUACUCGCUUCUGAAUUAUUUCCAAUAGUCGUUAGAAAUACAGCACUGGGAAUGAUCUUAGUUAUGGCACAACUUGGAUCUAUGACAGCUCCAUACAUUAUCGACUUUCUUAGUCAAGUUGCUUGGUGGGCUCCUACUACACUUUGCGGUAUUUCAUCAUUAAUUGCUGGGCUUCUCUGUUUAAUGAUCCCUACAUAAGUAAUUAAAUUUGUUCGGAAUUUAUUUGAUUGGAACUCCAACGAGUUUGGAUAAAUUUAAUGCUAAGUAGUCUAUUUAAAAAUUAUCACUUAAUUUUCCAAGUCCUAUGAAAGUUUCGAAUCAGUAAUUUAUUCAUAAAUAACAUAUAUAUUUUCCUAAAGUAAUGGAGAAAACUUUUAAUCUCUACCACCUACUCGUAGUUACGUUCUUAAAAUCUCAAGAUAAAUUUACGCUGAUUAAUAUUACUUUCAUUAUGUCAAAGGAGAUAUAGUAACACUUUUGAAGUUGUGUAUAGUCCGCACUGGGAUAUUGGAAUAGUAUUAUAACGUACUUAAAUAUAUACUAUCAAAAGAUUCCAUGAGGGAUUGCAUGGGAGCCCAUUGAAAUCCAUAUAGGAAAGUAUGGAAUUAUCUAAGAAACUAUAGGAAUUAAUAUAGAAAUUAUGAAUUUACAUUAGAAUUCAUGUUGGAAACUGCGGGUACCUAGAUCCCCAUAGAAUCUGAGUUUCUAUAAAAGUAUUUUCUAUAGAAUCCAGGGUAUCUGAAUUUCUAUGUCUAUUGUCUAUUGAUACGUGUAGAUGAAUAAAGGAACAGAUUAAUAUUCCUAUAGGGAACCAUAUGGGAAUUCAUUUGAAAAUUCCAUGUGGGAACCCAUCAUAUGGAUUUUUUUAUAGGGUAUGUUAUUUUUAAAUUAAAUAUUUUUUAUGCCUUAGUAUAAAAUUGUAUUAUGCUUCUUAUAAAAAUUAUAUAAUUGUAAGGGUAGCGUGAAAAACAAAAAAAAUACUUUCUUUUUUGUCCUCAGGUUUUAUAGGGUAUAAAGUGGCAAAAUUUUUUUUUAAUUCAAUAUCUUGAGGUAUCCCAGUAAUUUAAAAAAAUUAGAAAUCGUUUUCUACCUUCAAAUGAGUGAAAUAUUGCUGUUAAUAUAUGAAGUAAAGGAGUUUUAUUAAAUAAUUAUUAAUAUAUAUCGUACUUAUCAUAGACGAUAGAGAAUUUUAAAUUUUCAAAAUUAGCAAUCUUAAAAGAUCUAUUGAUAUGAAAAAAUUGUUUUUUGUUUCUCACUCUACUUCAAUCAUUACAUACGUAGACAUAUAGAGAUGAAAUCUCAACCUGUCCUAUGAAGAUAUAGAGAUAAAUAAUACUAAUAAUAAUAAUAAAUAUGACGAUAUAUUCUUUUUCUAAAAAACGAACGUAUCGACAAGAUUAUUAUCAAAAAUACAAAAAAUAUAUGUUUGUGUUUAAAAUGUUAAUUAAUUUAAAAAGCAAUCAAAUAAUUUUUUUAGACCUUUCUUUAU